UUUUCAAUAUGACAGUUUUUAGCGUCUCGUAAAUUUUUUCACAGGAAAUAAAUAAUACUAUACAUAAUAAAAAAUUACAAAAUAUACUGUAAUUAACUCAGUUCAAUUCUGAUCAGUUUCAGUGGUUCACAGAGAUUAGUUUUUUUACUUGAAGAUAAUGUUAAAGGCUAUUAAUUGUGAUAUGUUAAGCAUGUAAAAUACUGCAUGCAAUUGAUUAACCUAACUGGUUAAGCGAAAUACAAAAAUAAUGAUUUUAAGAUAUUUCUGGUUAAGUUUUUUACUUAUAACUAUUUACUUACUUUAUUCACAGAACUAUUUUACAAUAAUAUGGUACUUUUUACCCAAAGAAUUAAACAAUGUAACACACGUAUUAUUCAGUACAUCAGAAUUGAAAUUAUUAGAUAUAAAUGAAAAACAGAAAGUAUUUACUAAAGAUGAGUUAAAAAAAUAUAAUAAUAUUGAAAAUGGAUUAUAUCUUUCAAUAUUAGGUCAAGUUUUUGAUGUUACAAAAGGAGCAAAACAUUAUGAACCUGGAGCAUCUUAUCAUAUAUUUGUUGGCCGUGAUGCAUCUUUAGCAUUUGUUACUGGAAAGUUUGAUGAGAAAGAAAUAACAGAUGAUACUUCUGUACUGUCUGCCCAACAAAUUAAAGCAUUAGAUGACUGGGUACAGUUUUAUAAUGAAAAUUAUAUUUAUAAAGGAAAAUUAAGUGGAAGAUACUUCAAUGAAGAUGGUACUCCAACCCUCGAGUCUUUACAAGUACAGCAAAAAUUGAUAGAUGCAAAAAAAGAAAUAGCAGAUGAAGAACAAAAGAAAAAAUUAUUUCCAACUUGCAACAUGGAAUGGAAAGUCAAUGUAGGCACUACUGUGUGGUGUUCUAAAAGAAGUGGUGGUAUAGAAAGGGAUUGGGUUGGUGUUCCAAGAAUGUAUUUUGAAACGCCCAGUUCAAAACAGCAGAGAUGUGCUUGUAUUAAUCUUGAUAGUAAAGAAUAUGAAGAAAAUAAAGGUAAUUUUAAAGAAUACAAUGGUUGUGCAACGAGUUCGAUAAAAUGUAAUAUAAAGUAAUUUCUAUCUUAGAAAUAUUUUUGAAACCUAUUUAUAAUACAACAGUAUUUGAUACUAAUUCUAUUUUUAUUGGUAUAAAUGAAAUGAAUAGAAAUGAAUAGAAA